GUAAGAAAGGAAAACCCUCAAGCGGUAGAACUCUCUAACCUGUCGAGAGUCUCCUCAUGCCUUAGUCUGUGCGGCGUCUGGAACGAUAGAAACCACCAGAGCAGAAGAUAGAAGGAGAAAAGGAGGAGAUAGGCUUCGCUCUUCAAUCUCUAGAAGAAGGCGUUGGUCAGAGAUGGAUUCAAAACCUGUGAUUGAAAAUGGGAUUGUAGAGGACAGCGAUGAUGAGAAGCCUAUCGUGUUCAAGAGGACAAGUGGUGUUGUUUCUAAUUCAAAAUCCAAUACUCAGAGAAGCAAUGCAGUGUCUUCCACCAAGGCGUCACCUUUGAAGUCUCCUGUGGCGGCUAGCUCAAAUGGAACCACUCCUUCCAAUAGAACUUCUGCGAUGACAUCGUCUAAACCUUCACCAGCAAAGACACCGUUGCAGAAUGAAGAAGAGGACAGCGAUGAUGAUAAGCCUAUCGUGUUCAAGAGGACUAGUGGUGCUGCUUCUAAUUCAAAAUCCAAUACUCAGAGAAGCAAUGCAGUGUCUUCCACCAAGGCGUCACCUUUGAAGUCUCCGGUGACUAAGCCAAAUGGAACCACUGCUUCCAAUAAAACUUCUUCUAAAGCUCUACCAGCAAAGCCACCAUUGCGGAAUGAUACUACGCCUUCUUCUGUUAAGGCAAAGGGCCAGUCCCAGAAAGAGCAGUCUGAAUGUAAAAGUGAGCGUGAUGAUUCUGAUUCUGAUUCUGAUGAUGAGAAACCUUUAAGUUCCAUACGAACUGGGAACUCCAGCCGGUCAAAUAAAGGGCCAGCCUCUUCGAAGCAGGUUGCUUCACCGCAGGCAGAGGAAAAGAAUACUGGCGGUCGACCUCUUGAUGGAGCAGAUAGAGUCAUAAAGGAUGAGUCAGAUGAUGAAAAACCAAUCUCGUCAAUGGUGCAAAAGAAGAGUGGGAUGUCAGGUAGCCAAAAAGUCUCCAGUGAUGAAAAGAAACCUUUGAUGAAAAAGCUGAAUCAGAAUGGGUCUGCAGUUAAGAAUGAAGUGCCGGAUUGUAAGGUCUCAGGUAAGAGACCUGUGGAAAAGAAUCAUCCUGUAGAUGAAUCUUCAUCGAAGAAGCCCAAGGUCUCAGCUUCAAGUACUUCGGGGAAGAUGAAACAAGAACCUGUGAAAACAGAGAGUUCUGCUGAUAAGGGAAGGGUUUUGGUUUCACCUACAGCAAAGAGAGCCAGACCAGUAUCUAUCAAGGAAGAUGACUCUGAUGAUGAUAAUGUUCCAAUAUCCAAGAGACUCAAAUCAGAAUCUUCCAACAGUAAAGUAUCCUCUGCAAAGCCUAAAGCAGUAAAAGGAAAUUCUAGUUCAUCAGCUGCAAAGCCGAAAGUAACAAAAGUAGUUUCUCCUCCGUCCAGGUCCAAGACAGUGAACAGAAACGCCAAAAAAGUAACGAAGGAUUCAAAAUAUUCCUCGUCCUCCAAAUCUUCACCUUCCUCUAGUGAUGGGCAAACGAAGUGGACGACCUUGGAGCACAACGGUGUAAUCUUUCCGCCUUUAUACAAGCCUCACGGCAUCAAGAUUUUGUACAAGGGGAAGCCAGUCGACCUAACAAUCGAACAAGAAGAGGUUGCAACAAUGUUUGCAGUGAUGAAAGAGACGGACUAUUACACUAAACCGCAGUUUAGGGAGAAUUUUUGGAAUGAUUGGCGAAAACUGCUUGGGAAGAAGCAUGUGAUACAGAAGUUAGAUGAUUGUGACUUCACUCCCAUAUAUGAGUGGCAUUUGAGAGAGAAAGAGAAGAAGAAACAAAUGACCACAGAGGAGAAAAAAGCUUUGAAAGAAGAAAAACUGAAGCUAGAGGAGAAAUAUAUGUGGGCUGUUGUUGACGGUGUCAAAGAGAAGGUUGGUAAUUUCAGAGUUGAACCGCCUGGGCUCUUCAGAGGCCGUGGAGAGCAUCCCAAGAUGGGAAAACUAAAGAAGCGUAUCCGUCCAUCUGAUAUCACCAUGAAUAUUGGGAAAGGUGUUCCCGUUCCAGAAUGUCCGAUCCCUGGUGAAAAAUGGAAAGACGUAAAGCAUGACAACACAGUCACCUGGCUAGCUUUCUGGAAUGAUCCUAUUAACCCAAAGGAAUUCAAGUAUGUAUUUUUGGCAGCUAGCAGUGCCUUGAAAGGGCUGAGCGACAAGGAGAAGUAUGAGAAAGCCAGAAAUCUUACGAACCACAUAGACAGUAUAAGAGCUACGUACACCAAGAAUUUUACAUCUAAGGAUGUUACAAAGAAGCAAAUUGCCGUUGCUACUUAUCUCAUUGAUAAACUGGCACUUAGGGCUGGAAAUGAGAAGGAUGAUGAUGAGGCCGACACUGUUGGUUGCUGUACAUUAAAGGUUGGAAAUGUGGAAUGUAUUCCUCCAAAUAAGAUAAAGUUUGACUUUCUCGGUAAGGAUUCAAUCCGGUAUGAGAACACAGUCGAGGUUGAGUCUCUUGUUUACAAGGCCAUUGGACAAUUCCAGUCUGGAAAAUCCAAAGAGGAUGAUCUUUUUGAUGAGUUGGACACAAGCAAACUGAAUGCUCAUCUUAAGGAGCUCGUACCUGGUCUCACAGCUAAAGUGUUCCGUACAUAUAAUGCUUCCUUUACAUUGGAUGACCAGUUGAAUGAAAAGAUGGGAGCUGGCGAUGUUAGUCAGAAAGUAGUAGUCUAUCAACAAGCAAACAAGAAGGUUGCCAUAAUCUGUAACCAUCAGCGUGCUGUUUCAAAGUCGCACAGUGCACAAAUCGAAAAACUGGAUGCGAAAUUAAAAGAACUCGAGAAUGGUCUUAAGGAGUUCAAAACUAAUCUAAAGCGGGCUAAAGAGGGGAAACCGCCAGUGGAAGGUUCUGAUGGAAAGAAGCCUAGAAACUUAGAUCCAAACGCAUGGGAGAAGAAGAUAGGUCAACAGGAAGUGAAGAUUGAGAAGAUGAAACGAGACAUGCAUACAAAAGAGGAGUUGAAAACCGUGGCGCUUGGGACGUCUAAGAUCAAUUACCUUGAUCCUAGGAUAACGGUGGCGUGGUGCAAACGUAAUGAAGUACCAAUCGAAAAGAUAUUCACCAAGUCUCUGCUGGAGAAGUUUUCAUGGGCAAUGGACGCAGAACCGGACUUCAGAUUCUAGUUAUUUGCUGGGAGGUAAAGAGAAGGUUUCUGAGUUGGAGCAAGCAUAUGGUUAUGAAGGCAUUAGAGAGCAAAGGAAGGAAGUGAAUAAGAUAAAGAGAGCCAAAGAGAAAACCGGCCUUUGUUUUAGUUUUUAUACCCAAAAAAACUCAAACUGUUGUUAAUUUUAAUUACGUAACUUUCGUUUCCAUUUUUCUUCACCAUGACUUGAAUGUUAUAUUACUUCUUAGAUGAUAGAAAAUUGAUAAAAAAAAUAGUUUUUGUU